AUGCCGAAACCCCGUACCCCCGAGCACCUCACCGCACCGCGCAGCCAGAUGGCCUCCUCCUCGUGCCCGCUCUCCCCCGGGCCAAGCGGCUCCAAGCCCAGGACGACGCGGGCCAGCGGGGUCGGGUUCGGAGGCGUAAUGGCGCGGACCGUGGCGGCAGUGAAGCUGGAGCCGAAGCCGGAGCCAUGGGCGGCGGGCGCAGAGGAGGGGUCGGCAGUGGCCCCGCGGUCGAUGGAGGGGCCGCCGCUCCCGGCGCCGUUCGUGGCGAAGACGUACGAGAUGGUGGCGGACGCGGCCACGGACGCCGUAGUGUCGUGGGCGCCCGGCGGCGCGGGGAACAGCUUCGUGGUGUGGGACCCGCAGGAGCUCGCCGCCGGCAUCCUCCCGCGCUUCUUCAAGCACGCCAACUUCGCGUCCUUCAUCAGGCAGCUCAACAUCUACGGAUUCAGGAAGGUGAAUCCGGAUCGUUGGGAGUUUGCAAACGAAUCCUUCUUAGCAGGCCAGAAGCAUUUGCUGAAAAAUAUCAAGAGGAGGCGUGCUUCCAGACCGCCAAAGGAUCCCAGCGAGGUCGAGAGUUUGAAACGAGACCACGCAGCGCUCAGGGCUGAAGUCAUCACGCUAAGGCAGCAGUACAGCAUUUGCAAAUCCCAACUCGUGGCCUUGGAGGAGAGGAUCCUGAACAACGAGAGGAACCAGCAGCGGGCCAUCGCCUUGAUCUUCGCAAAGGUGCUCAGCAACCCAGCCUUCGUGCAACAGGUCCUGCUCAACUAUGCCAAGGAGAAAGAGCUACGCGGCGCUUCCAAACGACAGCGGCUGAUGGAAAACGAAGAACAUCGGCACGGCGAUUUGCCACUGAGUAGUAGCACCGAAGUUGCGUUUGCGACAGUGGCGGCUGGCGUCUCUGCGGGUAGCAGCGAUGGUGGCACAGCCGCGAAACAGGAACCUGGGCCUGAGUUGAAUGGUCAGGAGAUGGACGGUAUUUGGUAUGAUGUGUGGGACGAGCUGGACGCGAUACCAGGAGCUGAAAUGGACCGGCGAGAAGCAGACAAGGGCGUGGCUGGCUUCGACGUCGAGGACUUCAGUGGACGGCCUUGCGGUUGGGAUGAUGACUGCUCGUAUCUCGCGGAGCCGGUGCAGUUUGUGGAGCACUAUGACUAG